UGCCACACGAAAAGGAAAACCUCCAAAAAUACAAACAAGAACGAAAAAAGAAGAAAAGAAAGCACAUCUCCAGCAACGACAUCUAUCCAUCCGUCGCCUCGCAAGAACGCCGCAGAGCGUCCGGCCGUGGGUCUCCGGCCAGGUGAAGGAUGAUGUUGAACUUCAGGGAUUGGAUCUCGUACCGGCUCGGGUCGUCGCUGCUGUCCGCGAGGCCGUUCGCCAUCUCCGGCCCCGGCGCAGGCGCAUCCGAGGGCGGUGUUAAUGAUGGUACAACAGAAAGCGAGUUUGUAGAGACAGUGUCUGCCAAUAGAUUUCCUUCCAAUGAUAGCCAUGCUGCAUCAGCGGUCACAUCGAACUCACAGGAUGGUGCAGUUUCUUCUGGCCCUCUUCACCCAGACCAUGAUAACAGUAAGCCAGAUCCACUAAUGCAAGUUGAGGCGCUUCAAAUUAAGUUUCUACGGCUGGUGCACAGAACUGGAGUGCCACCCAAUACCAAUGUAGUUGCACAGGUACUGUACAGACUGCAGCUUGCCAACUUGAUCAAGGCUGGAGAAUCUGAUGCCAGGAGAACCAACCUUGCUAUGAACAAGGCCAGAGUUAUAGCAGCAGAGCAUGAAGCACCCGGUGGACCAGAUUUGGACCUCCCAUUGCGAGUUCUUCUUCUGGGAAAGACUGGUGUGGGGAAGAGUGCCACAGUAAACUCCAUUUUUGAUGAAACAAAGGUUGCUACCGAUGCACUUGCCCCUGCGACUAAUAGGAUAAAGAUGGUUGAUGGAACUAUCAAAGGAGUAAGAGUUACAGUUAUCGACACCCCUGGUCUGACGCCUCAUUACCAUAGCCAACGAAGGAACAGGAAGAUUUUGCAUGCUGUCAAGCGUUUCAUUAAAAGAUCACCGCCUGAUAUCGUCUUGUACUUUGAGCGAAUUGACCAUAUUAAUAGCAAAUACAGUGACUACCCGCUGUUGAAGCUUAUAACUGAUAUCUUGGGUUCUUCGAUAUGGUUCAACACUGUCCUUGUGAUGACUCACUGUUCCUCAUCUCCUCCUGAAGGACCAGAUGGUUAUCCUUUGGAAUAUGAUGCCUACACUCGUUACUGUAAGAAUGUUGUCCAGCGUCAAAUCCAGGUAGCAGCUUCUAACACACAGCUGGAGAACCCUAUUGUUUUGGUCGACAAUCAUCCAUUGUGCAGACGGAACACCAGAGGUGAAAGGGUUUUACCAAAUGGGCAGGUAUGGGUAUCAGAACUUUUGCUGUUUUGUGGAGCAACCAAGUUGUUAGCAGAUGCAAAUUCCUUACUUAAGUUUCAAGAUAGCUUCCUGCUGUCACAUGCAAAUACCAGGCUACCUUCGCUGCCUCAUCUUCUUUCAUCACUCCUUAAACCUUAUCCGUCAUCCAGUUAUGACAGUAUUGACAAUGAGAUGACUGAUCUAUCAGAUGAGGAGGAUGAGUAUGAUCAACUACCGCCAUUCCGUGUUCUAAAAAAAUCUGAAUAUGAAAAAUUGACCAAAGAACAGAAAACUGCAUAUCUUGAUGAACUGGACUACCGUGAGACUUCAUACCUGAAACAUCAGUGGAAGGAGGGAAUCAGGAGGCAAAAGCUUGCUGAAGCUCAAAGUACCGAAGCAUCAUAUGGAGUUGCUGAUGAUUAUGAAGAGAGCACAGCCCCAGAGGUUGUGCACAUGUCAGAUAUGGAAAUCCCAUUAAACUUUGAUUCUGAUUAUCCAGCACACCGCUACCGUCACCUUAUAACUAAUGAUCAGUUGUUUAGACCAGUUUUGGAUCCCCAAGGAUGGGACCAUGAUAUUGGGUUUGAUGGGAUCAAUUUUGAAUCAUCUCAUGAGUUGAAAAGGAACAUCUCUUCAUCAAUUGCAGGGCAGAUGAGGAAGGACAAAGAAGACAUGUAUAUCCAAUCAGAAUGUUCAGUAAGCUAUACUGAUCAGAGAGGCUACUCCUUGAUGGGGGGAAUGGAUAUGCAAACAGCAAGCAAGGAUUUGGUUUGUACUGUCCAUGGAGAUGCCAAGUACCGCAAUUUUCCUUGGAACACCACUGGAGGAGGUAUUUCUGUAACUAAAUUUGGGUCAAAGUAUUUUUCUGGGGCCAAAUUAGAAGACUCCAUCAUCAUUGGGAAACGAGUUCAGUUGGUAGCCAAUGCUGGGAGGAUGGUUGGGUGUGGACAAGUGGCAGAUGGAGGUGGCCUGGAAGUAACCGUAAGGGGAAAAGACUACCCUGUGAGAGAAGGGAGUACCACCAUCGCGGCCACUGCUCUGUCUUUUGAGAAAGACACUGUGAUCAGCGCCAAUCUUCAGUCAGUCUUCCGGGUGGGCCGUGGAUCGAAGCUGUCAGUCAGCGCCAACAUAAACAACAGAAAGCUAGGCCGGCUCAGUGUUAAGACCAGCACAUCAGACCAUGUGGAAAUAGCUCUGCUCGCGGCUGUCUCAUUGAUCCAGUUCUUGCUAAGGAGAAGAUCGCCGCCGACUGACAAAGGCGAUCAACAGUUUGACACCGACUCAUUAGAGGAGUAACUAAACCGAUAGGAGUAAGAGGAGGGACCCCAAUGCCGUGCUGCAAGCGUUUAGCACCAUCAGAUCUAGGGUUUUGAAUUGUAUAGAAUUCCUGUAUGUAUGUCUGUCAGGAUGCACUCAGGCGGUAGUUCUUCUAGCAAAGAGGGCUUAGUUUUAAGGAUGUUAUUACAAGAUUCAGUUUUGACAUCACAUGAUAUGAUGUUUCUUGAUAUAAGAGUGGCGCCAAUCAUCCGGCCACUGCCUAGCUUUUGCCAUUUCCAUUCUAUAAAGAUGUCUUCUUGUUUUUCUAGCCAGGAAAAGAGAUUUCUUUCAUCA